AUGUCGUCUGCUGUAGCAGAACUGGAUAACUAUCUCCAGUCUAUGCUGGCACUCAAGCCUCCGGGUGUUUCAGGCUCUAAGAUCAACAGUAUCACAUCGCUUUGCACGGCAAAUGUCCAGAAUGAAUCCGUUCUCAUCCAGAAGAUCUACACACACUUCAAGAAGGCACCAGGAACACACAAAUUGGGCGUACUCUAUGUCGUAGACUCUGUAACUCGACAGUGGGUAGAAGCAGCGCGCAAGGCAGGGCAACCAUCCGGUAGUGCUGCUCCCGAUGGGACGUUCGCCGCUGGUGUCAACAGAGUGACCGAAUUGCUACCCGUCCUCAUGACGGACAUCAUAAACAACGCUCCUGAAGAUCAAAAGGAAAAAAUCAAGAAGCUGGUCGACAUCUGGGAGCGGGGCUAUACAUUCCCAGCUCCAAUGCUUGCGUCGUUCAAAGACAAAUUAAACGCACCUCCAUCGCAAAGUAAGCAAGAUACUCCCCUCCGGCUGACGUAUCCUGGUAUCUCGGCAUGGCCAAGCCGAGCUUCUUCAUCUGGAAACCGUUGCGGGAUCAUAGUCUCUAACCGUUGUGCCCUUACUUUCCCUCUAGAUGUUGAAUCCACCACUCCUGAAGGAUCCCCAGCACCCAACUACGUUCCGCUGGGUGGUCUGCAGCAGCAGCCGGCGGUCAACGGUGCAUCCAGCUCUGGUCAGCAGCCGGAUACCUCGAGUAUUCUCAAGGCGUUGGCCGACAUGGCCAAGCAGAACACGACGGCCCCGGCUGCACCGGCUGUGGCAGCGCAAACUAACCCUCUUAAUGCCUUAAGCCAGCCGAGUACGGUUCCGCAGCCCGCGUCGUCAUCCGUAGACCCGGCUUCACACUCCCAGAAUGGGCAGGCUGGUGUAAACCCCUAUGCUGCUGCUGGAAGCAUGGCGACGCCGUUCGCGGGGUUGAGUAAUGUUGCUCCGAAUCCCGCCUUGGUACCGCCGCAGACUCAGAGCCAGAACCACACUCCCAACCCGUUGACUGCAGCACAAAAUCCACUGGCCGCGCUACUGCCGCAGGCGACUGCAGCUCCGGCCCAGCCGAGUGCCCCGAUCGGGCCCGAUGCUCUGCAGCAGCAGCUCCAGCUCCUGCAAUUGCUGGCCGCCCAAGGCAUCCCGCAAGAGCAAUGGGCCACGGCGCUGCAGAUCCUGAGCCUGUCCAAUGCCGCCAAUAUGGGGGGCAUGAACCCGGGCCAGGCUCCGCCAUUCAACCUGCCGGGCCAGCCUGUCGGCUCCGCCUGGGGCGCCCGGCCCGACUCCCAGUCACGUGAGUUCGAGCGCGACCGCGAGCGCGACCGGGACUACAUGCGCUCUCCCCCGGGCCAGUACCGCCGCCGUUCUCGCUCCCCCGGCUGGGACCGCCGUCGCGAAGCCUCUCCUCCUCGCCGCCGUGACAGCCCCGUCUACGGAGAGUACCAUGGCGACUCGCCCGGUCGCCGGGGCGGCGAUCCGCGCGGCCGCCGCGGCAACGAGUAUCGCCAGCGCAGCCCCCCCGGCCGUCGUCGCCGGUCUCCCUCCCCGCCUCGUAAGGAUCCGACCUUGCCUCCUCCCGGCCCCAAGUUCGUGGAGUGGGAUUAUUCGAUUGGCCAAGGGAACAUCAAAGUCCUGAGUCGAACUCUUUUUGUUGGCGGUGUCACGUCGUCGGAAGCGCAUCUCCGCUCUCUCUUCAGCAAGUUCGGCAUUGUCCAGACCUGCAUUGUCAACAUCGACAAGCGUCAUGCCUUCAUCAAGAUGAUUAGCCGUCAAGACGCGGUCAGUGCUCGGGAUGGAAUGGAAUCCUACAAGUCCGGCGACAUGCAAUUGAGGACCCGGUGGGGUGUGGGAUUUGGCCCCCGUGAUUGCAGCGAUUACCAGACGGGCAUCAGUGUGAUCCCGGUCGAACGACUGACGGAGGCGGAUCGCAAAUGGAUGCUCACCGCGGAGUACGGCGGAACCGGUGGAAGGCCAAUUGAGACCGGAAUGGUCGUCGAGGAGCCUGACAUCGAAAUUGGUGCGGGAGUCUCUUCCAAAGCUAUCAGCAGAAGGAUUGCCACUGACACUGGCGGCAAACGCGGCCCGGUCUCGUCCCGCUCGCAGCAGGACCGAUUCCGUCGCCCGGAACGCGAAGGACCUCCGACUGGGAUGGGCCUCGGUGGAUCGGCGGAGCGGGAAAUCCCCAAUGCUAACAAUGUCGGCGUGCCGCCCGCCGUGCCUGGCUUCGGUUUCUCGUUUCCCGGCAUGCCCAUGUUUCCUCCCGGCUUCAUGAUGGGGGGAGCACAAGCCGGGGCAUCUGGUGGCUCGGCCCAGCCUCCCCCGCCGGGUCAAGGAGGCAACUAG